UUAAAUUUUCGGUCGUUGGAGAGGAACGAACCGCAGCAUGAGCUUUAGCCGUGACAACAGUAGCAGUAAAUACUAGAUGCUGACUUGCAGUAGUAAUGGUGUUUAUGCUAAGCCGACGUUUUAGUCUUCCUAAAGAUUCCUCAUAUUUCAGGUUUACCUGUUCUCGAAGCUAGUAUUAGUAGUGGAAUGAGAUAUGAUGUGCGAGUUUGAGAUCUCGGCCGAUGAGUAGAGUGGAAGAAAUGUCGCGUCUUCUCGAGAUCUGGCCGUCUCUUUACAGUGCUUAAAACAAGUAUUCAAGACAGAGCUAGGGCUUUGGUUCCUGUUUUAUUUCCACGCCGAAGACCUCUCCUUCUCUCUUGCUUCAUGACGACCAAGCGCGCUUACAAGCUACAAGAAUUUGUAGCGCACAGUUCCAGUGUCAAUUGCCUUAAAAUUGGAAGGAAGUCGUCGAGGGUUCUUGUCACAGGAGGAGAAGAUCACAAGGUGAACCUGUGGGCCAUUGGCAAGCCCAACGCCAUAUUGAGUCUCUCUGGUCAUACGAGUGCAGUUGAGUCGGUGAGUUUUGAUACUUCCGAGGUGUUGGUGGCAGCAGGAGCAGCAAGUGGCACAAUAAAGCUGUGGGAUUUAGAGGAGGCAAAGAUUGUUCGCACACUUACUGGGCACAGAUCAAAUUGUAUAUCAGUCGACUUUCAUCCCUUUGGGGAAUUCUUUGCUUCUGGUUCUUUAGAUACAAAUCUUAAGAUUUGGGAUAUCAGAAGGAAGGGAUGCAUCCACACGUACAAAGGCCACACGCGAGGGGUCAAUGCCAUCAGAUUUACCCCUGAUGGCCGCUGGGUUGUUUCUGGUGGAGAAGAUAACAUUGUGAAGCUGUGGGAUCUGACUGCCGGAAAGCUAUUGCAUGAUUUCAAGUGUCAUGAGGGCCAGAUUCAGUGCAUUGAUUUUCAUCCCCAUGAGUUUCUUCUGGCGACAGGUUCGGCAGAUAGAACUGUUAAAUUCUGGGACCUUGAAACUUUUGAGCUUAUUGGUUCAGCUGGGCCUGAGACCACUGGAGUACGUUCUAUGACUUUCAAUCCUAAUGGAAGAACACUGCUAUGUGGUCUGCAUGAAAGCCUGAAGGUUUUCUCUUGGGAGCCAAUAAGAUGCCAUGAUGCUGUGGAUGUGGGGUGGUCUAGAUUGUCGGAUAUGAACAUUCAUGAAGGGAAACUUCUUGGGUGCUCCUAUAAUCAAAGUUGUGUCGGAGUGUGGGUGGUGGAUAUUUCGCGCAUUGAGCCAUAUGCAAUUGCUAGUGCGGCCCAAUCAAAUGGUCAUCCAGAACUAAAAUCUACUUCAAGUGGGAAUCUAUCUGUACUAACUGAUAACAGUGCAAAGAUUAGUACAGGGAGGAUAUCGGUUUCACAAAAUUCUGAUCCUGUAGUGAAGGAAACAAAAACUUUGGGGAGACUUUCUGUUUCACAAAAUUCAGAUUCUAUGAAGGAAGCCAAACCUUUAUCAUCCACAGGAAGUAUUCCUGUUACUCUGCAAAGAGUCAGUGUAAGCUCUGGUCCAAAGACCACUAUGUCAAGUGCAGUGGUAGCUCCUAGUGCAGCAACUCUAAAGAGGGGUGUUGCAAAGUCCCAUUCAACAGCCAAUCAUACAGUCUUCAACAAGUCAGAUGUGCUUCCCAUUAUUGUCCCAAGGAAUAAUGUGCGGCUAGAGCAGGCAUCUGAUUCCAGAAAAGAAAUUACUGCCGCUGGAAGAACCUCUCCAUUUUCCAUGCAGGCAAGAGUAUCUGACUUUCAAAAGCUGUCAAACAUCAGGGAUGAUCAGGAGAAGUCAAAUGUUCCUGUCCACUCUGGAUCAAUGGGUUAUAGGACUACUGAACUGAAUGAAGUUACUGAUCAGAAUUUCCUUCCUACUGUUGAGAGUUUGAAUCCAGAAAUAUCAACACAGGAAAGAAAUGUGAUGGAUGCUGGAUGUCCUGGGCCUGGGAAACAUGGAGUGAGUUCAUCAGAGCCAUCUGCUGGUUACCAACAUGAAAAUUAUCAUGCUCGGGUGCAUAAAGUAAACAGAGAUGCCUAUUCUGUUGACAUUCAGAAAGGAGGAAGGACACACGUACUUGUUCCAAACUGGAAGAAGAGAGAGAGCUCUCCUGGCCAUGAAGGGCCACCUACAUCCAGUAAUUCCUCUGAGACAACUUCUGCUGUUAACAUGCUCUCAUUUAAUACGAAAGGGCGUCUCCCAUCUGCCGAGAAAGAAACAGUUUCUGCUAGCAAUGAGGGUGCUGUUUCUGAUUUAAUGGAACAUCAUGAUCAAUUUGUAGGCUCUAUGCAGUCUCGCUUGACCAAAUUACAGGUGAUCCGCCGGUAUUGGGAGAGGAAUGAUGUGAAGGGGGCCAUUUCUGCAAUGGAAAAGAUGGGUGAUCAUGCUGUUCUUGCUGAUGUAAUCAGCAUUUUUACUGAAAAAAUUGAUAUAGUUACACUGGAUAUCUGCACAUGCCUCUUGCCGCUCCUUACAGUUCUUCUGGGAAGCAACAUGGAUAGGCAUUUAGGCAUCUCCCUGGAAACGCUGCUGAAAUUAGUCAGAAUAUAUGGUUCUGUGAUCCGUUCUACACUGUCAGCCUCGUCAUCUGUUGGUGUUGAUAUCCAGGCAGAACAGAGGCUGGAGCGUUGCAAUCUAUGUUUUAUUGAACUUGAAAAGGUGAAACGCUGCCUUCCUUCCCUUGUAAGAAGAGGAGGGUUGGUUGCUAAGUCUGCACAGGAGUUGAACCUAGCUCUUCAAGAAGUUCUAUGAGUAAAAAAGUGCUAUCAUACGUAGUGGAAUGCUAUUAUUUUGGCCUCCAUUCCCCUGCAAUAUGGAUACGUUUCUUCUUUGAGGAAACAGGAUUGUGCAUUAGUACUGCGUUAUAUUGUUACAAUCACAUUUGUUUCCUGUCGUUUGUGUUGUCUGACCCUGUAUGUACAUGCUAAGCUGGGUCAUUAACUACGGAAAACCACAGCGAACAGAUAUUUACAGCUUACCAGACACGGUUUGACGGAAGUCAGGCCAAGAGGAUCCCAGGCGGUAGAUACCCUAACCCCAUUGCGCUUUGGAGCUCUAGCUGACUAGUCCGACUGGUUUUUCAAUUUGUAACUUUUGGCUGCAUGAGUGAAAGCUUGUAUCAAUCAAUUUCACGAUUCAUAUUAUAGUAGACUACUGUAUUUUUGUGUCAAUUUAAUUGAAAAUUCUUGAA